AUGAAGCCAUUCUCGCGAACUCGUACCUCUCGAUUGCGACUAUCGGUUCGAGCGUCCCAAAGAUCGGUACAACAGAAAAUUUACUCAUCUUUGGCAGUUGGCAUCGUGGCAACGUUGGUUUUCGCCUGCGCGGCAGUGCUGCCUCACUAUACAUCGUUCGCAACACCAGUGGCAGAGACCAAGAAGUCAGCAUGUACUCCGGAUGAGAAUCGGACAAUAUGUGCCUGCGUGAAAGAAAACGGAAGCACAGAAGGUUUGCUUGCAACAGUUUCCGGGAAGUCCAACGUUCUCCAGAUUUCGUGCGACACUAACCAGACUUACGCGCCGAGUGGGCUGAGAGGGUCGAAGGUUUGUCCAGCAAAAGCAGAGAGCCUCACAACGUGCAUCGCCGGCGACAAGAGCUCCAUCGAUAUUGCAAGUCUUCUGGUAAACGCCCCGCCAGAACUGGGGUGGAAGCCCACCACAGACCAAAGAGGUGCCGAACAGCCAAAGAUUCUAACUAUUCCGGAAGGCACUUUCCCAUUCACUGACGAGAAGUUCAUCGUAGGUUGCCUAAACGGUGAACGUGAACGUUCCAAUACCGCGUGCCACGUGACAGUAAAGAUCUCCGCAAGACCUACAAAGACCGAGAACCAGCACGUCACGUGUGCGUACGGCGCAGAGAGCAACAAGAAUCACCAAUCCAUCACGCUCAGUCCUUCACAGAACUCUUUCACGCUCGCCUGCGGAGAUAAGGGAGAGAUCGUCCAAACGGACUACCAGGAACGAUUCUGCGCUGUAAGUGGGGACAAAAAAGCUGUCACAGCCUGCACUGGAGAUUACAAGGCGAUUCUCCCCUCCUAUGAGAGGGGCUGGUGGGCAGAGUCCAGUGACCAGAAACAGACUUUCACGCUGACGAUUCCUGAGGACAAAUUCCCAGAGAACGAGGCGAAGUUGAUGGUCCAGUGUCAGGCCGCGUCCGAAGCGAUCGCGACCAAGGGAGACGCAGGAACAUUGGAGGGUCCGACUGUGUGCAGCGUUGACGUUACGAUUCAGGGCGCGGGCCCCGCCAGUUCGGCGUCUGCUAUUGAAUCGACGGACGGCACAGACAUGUUGCUCCUUCUCGUGGGAGCUGGUAUCUUCGCUCACUGA